AUGUUUCAAAUAAAUCCCAGCGUGAAUUUCUAUCAACCAAGUGGACAAACUUAUAAAUCUCCUACGUAUAAACCUAUAUAUGUACCUGUACAUGAUCCAAUAUAUUUACCUAGGCAUAAACCUAUAUAUAAAGCUCUACAUAAACCUUCAUAUAAACCUCUACAUAAACCUUUAUAUAUACCUAUGCAUAUGCCUAGGCCUAUGAAUAUGCAUAAACCUAUGGGUAUGCACAUGCCUAUGCAUAGACCUAUGGAUAUGCAUAGACCUAUGGGUAUGCACAUGCCUAUACAUAGACCUAUGGAUAUGCAUAGACCUAUGGAUAUGCAUAGACCUAUGGAUAUGCAUAGACCUAUGGGUAUGCAUAUGCCUAUUCAUAGACCUAUGGAUAUGCAUAGACCUAUGGGUAUGCAUAUGCCUAUACAUAGACCUAUGAAUAUGCAUAGACCUAUGGGUAUGCAUAUGCCUACACAUAGACCUAUGAAUAUGCAUAGGCCUAUGAAUAUGGAUAGGCCUAUGAUGCAUAGACCUAUGGGUACACAUAUGCCUAUACAUAGACCUAUGAAUAUGCAUAGGCCUAUAGGUGUGCAUAGGCCUAUUAUGCAUAGACCUAUGGGUAUGCCAAUGAUGAAUAAACCUAUGGAUAUGCGUAUGCCUAUACAAAGAACACGAUUACCAAUGCCGAGAAAACCUGAUCCUCCAAGAAAAUUUUUGCCGGGUGGUAUUUUAAGACAUUGGGCUCCGAAACGGCCAUUGAUCCAACCCAUAUUUGCUAAACGAUCAUAG